AUGGGCCUGUCGACUUUCGCGCCUCUUGCAGGCCGAGCCCAACAGCCUGCCUCCGAGAUUGCCCUGGUCGACGUCAUGCCGGAAGAGCGCUCGUAUGAUGCAGGCUCCGAGUCUGAAGGCGACAUCCCUCCUCCUGAGAGACUGCCGUACAGGACGACUCGCCCGGGCAUCAGAUCCUGGCUGCUGCCUUGGCGUUCGAGGUCUCGGAAAGGCGGCGUCCUGGGCAGGCUGCUCCACCAGGCUUUCCUGGGCUUCAUCUUUGUGCUCGGAGUCAUCAAAUUCCUGUCCCUCAGCUGGGACGUGUUGGUGUACCUGUUCCCCGACGACCUCGACAAGAGCCUCGACGCCUGGGGCUUCCCAGUCGGCCCUGUGUCGGGCUUCUCGCACUGGAGCACGAAUGGCGUCCUGCCGGUCGCGUGUCACUCCCACAACGACUACUGGCGAGAGGUGCCGCUGCGUUCUGCCGUCGACGCGGGCUGCACCAGCGUGGAAGCCGAUGUCUGGCUUGUGAACGAGGAUCUCUUCGUCGGCCACACGCUUUUCUCUCUGGAUCCGCAGCGGACACUGCGCAGUCUCUAUGUCGAUCCGUUGUUUAAGUUCCUGGAAAAGCGCAACACCCCGACGCGAUUCCAGCAUCACCGAAGCUUCGCGGGCGUGUUCUCCGAAGACCCGUCGCAGACGCUGGUCUUGCUCAUCGACUUCAAGUCGGACGACGAGCUGCUCUGGGACUAUGUCUACGCCCAGCUGGAGCCGCUUCGCACCGCAGGCUAUCUGUCGUACUUCAAUGGAGAAAAGAUCGUCCCGCGGCCGGUCACCGUCGUAGUUACGGGCAAUGCGCCUUUUGAGAAGGUGCUGGGCAACAGCACCUACCGCGACAUUUUCUACGACGCCCCUCUGGACCUGUUACACAGUGCAUCCGAGUCUCACCAGGCAGGUAGCGGUGUGACAGAGCCGGAAGAUCUGACCUCUGGAUCGGAGCUUCCGGCUGGAGACAUGUACAACUACACCAACAGCUACUACGCGUCCGUGGACUUUGGCCGGGUGAUCGGCCGCCUGCAACGCAACCGCUUCUCGCAAGCCCAGCUCGACCUGAUCCGGGCGCAGAUCCAGGCCGCACACCGGCGCGGGCUGAAGGUGCGGUACUGGGGCACGCCAGGCUGGCCGCGAGGGCUGCGCAACCACAUCUGGCACGUCCUCAUCCGGGAGGGGGUGGACGUUAUCAAUGUGGACGACUUGCGGGAGGCGACGCAGCAGGAUUGGAGGAAGCAUCGGAGCUGGUGGUCAUAG